UGUAUAUACGGCUGUUUGCGCGAACGAACGCCACCGCAAGAAGGUGAAUCGUUCAAAAUGUGUACGUUGAAUCGGUCGUGUGCCGUUCAGUGAUUCACGGCCACUGCGGUCGUGUGGUGUAUGCUGUGUCUAUCUAUAAUAUUAUCAAUUAUUAUUGUUAUUAUCAUCAUUAUUUCAGCGUCGAGUCGGCGCGGUCAAAAACACAUUCGUUUCGUUAGCUAAUAAACAAAAACAGUAUUAAAAAUAUAUUAUCAGUAGAUGCCGAACCGGCGGUGGUGAAACAGUAAAAAAAAAGAGUCUCACGAAUGAUAAAAAAAAAAUUGUGGCCAAAAUCGGUACGAACAAGGGAUUUGUGACACGGGCCGGUCACAUGCGCCUCCAGCAAUCGGAUAAUGGCAGGACUUUGAUGGCGGUAUCAAAGAAGUGUGAUGCCGUUCAAUGGAAAUGUGGCGGCCAAGUAUUUGGUCAUGGCAUCGCAGGUGAUUGCCUGGUGCACAGUGAGCGUGAUGCUCUUGCGCAAAGGACUCAACCAGGUGCAAACUUCGUCCCAGCAUCAGAACAAUGAUGGAAAUUCGUUUGGGAACAACACAGCAUCUACGGACGAUCAAGACACCAAGGCGUUCAACAACAACGGGACGCCGGCCAUCGUGGCCGGGAUUAUAAUGAUUGCCAUUGCUCUGAUCAUGUUAAUCAUAAGUCCGACCAUUAUGUUUAUGAAAAUUUUGGAAAAACGCAAAGAAAGGAGACGUACCGCCAUCUUGGAAUCACCGCCCAAGUACGAAGAUGUGGUUGAAAGCGCUCCUAGAUAUUCGUCCCUGUUCGUUUUCAACAGUCACGGUGACAUAACUCUGUUGUCUACUGGUAAAAUUGUCCAGAACAAAAAUACUACUACUAACGAAAAACCAACUACCAGAGUCGAUAAACCGUUAUGAAAUUAAUAAUAAAUUAAAAAUAUAUAUAUAUAUAAAUGUAUGUAUUACACAUAUAUGUUAUUAUAUAUAUAACUACAUUGCGUACAAUGUUUUUACUUAUAGGUCCAUUUUAUUGUAAUGUAUAAUUAAGUAUUAUCUAGGUAUACUCUAAAAAAAAAAAAACUAUAAUUUUAAGUUUAACAUAGUUUAGUUGUUUAAUUAUAAAUAUGUAUAUUGUUUAAUUUAAGUUAACACUUAACACCACCAUCCAACAUGUUUAAAAUAGAGCCGGGGAUGUUAUAAUAUAAAUAUUAAAGUGUAUACCUAGGAAUACCGAUAUUAUUGUGUUAAUAAUAUACGUAUACAUUUGUUAACUUAAGUUUUUUGUAGUAAUGUAGACUACAGUUAAUCAGGAGUUUAUACAUUGUUUGAGAUUUUAUUUUUGAUACCAUUGUCUUCGUUUCAAAGUGGAAUAAUAUGUUUUUUUUUACUAAUAA